CCGUAUAUAAAUUUUUUGCUCCCUCACUGUCCACUCUUUCUUCCCCCUUUAUUUCUCUCAUUUUUCUGUGAGCGAGUUACUUCUCGGAAGAAAACCUGCAAAAUUGACGAAAUCGAAGCGAAGUCGAUCUCUGCAAAACCCUAAUUUCGCUUCGAUCUCCGGGUAGUGGUGGUGGUGUUUGUUUGCCUCGGCGGUCGGAGCCGUACUCCAAUUUUGUAUCACGAUGUCGUUGAGGCCCAACGCGAGGACCGAGGUCCGCAAGAACAGGUACAAGGUCGCCGUCGACGCGGAAGAAGGGCGGCGGCGGAGGGAGGAUAACAUGGUUGAGAUCCGGAAGAAUCGGAGGGAGGAGAGCCUCCAGAAGAAGCGACGCGAGGGACUUGCGGCUCAGCCCAUGCCUGCCUCGAUGCACUCCACCACUGUCGAGAAGAAGUUGGAACAUCUGCCUUCGAUGGUCACUGGUGUUUGGUCUGAUGAUGGCAAUUUGCAGCUUGAGGCAACAACACAGUUCAGAAAGUUGCUCUCUAUUGAGCGGAGCCCUCCGAUUGAAGAAGUUAUACAAGCUGGAGUUGUUCCACGCUUUGUUGAGUUUCUUAUGAGGGAGGACUUUCCCCAGCUUCAGUUUGAAGCAGCUUGGGCACUUACAAAUAUUGCUUCUGGAACAUCCGAGAACACUAAAGUUGUGAUUGAUCAUGGGGCUGUUCCCAUAUUUGUAAAGCUGCUGGGUUCACCAAGUGAUGAUGUCCGUGAGCAGGCUGUAUGGGCUUUAGGAAAUGUGGCCGGGGAUUCUCCAAGAUGCCGUGAUCUUGUGCUUGGCAAUGGAGCUUUGCUUCCUCUGCUCGCUCAGCUUAAUGAGCAUGCAAAAUUAUCGAUGCUUAGAAAUGCUACAUGGACAUUGUCGAACUUCUGUCGUGGGAAGCCACAGCCUCCGUUCGACCAGGUUAAGCCAGCUCUCCCAGCCCUUACACGGCUGAUUCAUUCUAAUGACGAAGAAGUGUUGACUGAUGCCUGUUGGGCACUGUCAUAUCUAUCUGAUGGUACCAAUGAUAAAAUUCAAGCUGUCAUUGAAGCUGGUGUGUGCCCUCGCCUGGUUGAGCUCUUGCUGCACCUUUCUCCUUCUGUUCUCAUUCCUGCACUUCGGACGGUUGGAAACAUUGUCACUGGUGAUGAUAUGCAAACUCAGUGUAUUAUCAAUCAUCAAGCACUGCCUUGUCUUCUCAACUUGCUGACAAACACCUUUAAGAAAAGCAUCAAGAAAGAAGCUUGCUGGACUAUAUCAAACAUAACUGCUGGUAACAAGGAGCAGAUUCAGUGUGUAAUUGAGGCUAAUAUCAUCGGCCCAUUAGUCCAUCUUUUGCAUAAUGCCGAAUUCGAUAUCAAGAAGGAAGCUGCAUGGGCAAUCUCUAAUGCAACCUCUGGUGGUACCCAUGACCAAAUCAAGUAAGGAGUUGAUGCUGGUCUUUCUUCCCAUUUUAGAACGAUUUCCUGGUACCUUGUUAGCCAAGGUUGCAUCAAGCCAUUGUGUGACCUUCUCAUCUGUCCUGACCCGAGAAUCGUAACAGUAUGCCUUGAAGGCCUCGAGAACAUCUUGAAGGUUGGAGAAGCCGACAAGAAUCUUGGCAACACUGGUGGUGUAAAUCAGUAUGCCCAGAUGAUUGAUGAUGCCGAAGGUUUGGAGAAAAUUGAGAACUUGCAGUCUCAUGAUAACACUGAAAUUUAUGAGAAGGCUGUCAGAAUUCUUGAGACUUAUUGGAUGGAGGAGGAAGACGAGACGAUGCCACCUGGUGAUACUGCUGCUCAAUCUGGUUUCCAGUUUGGUGGCACUGACCCUGCAGUUCCUCCUGGUGGAUUCAACUUCAGCUAAAUAAAAAAAAAAUAAAGAAUAGGAAAGCGGAGUGCGGAACCAAGUGCAUGUACCGGAUUAAAACAGGGAUGUACAGCAGUGAAUUAGCCAACAGGAUGACAAAUAAUCAUUCAGCGAGGCCACGUGGCAAGCGCCCAGCUCCAAAACUUGGCGGGUGCUUAUGUCACCUAAAACCCCAUGGGGGCGCUUUCGUCAUUUUCACAAACCUGCCCCUCCCUUUCCCCAAAACCCCGAAUCGCUAGGGUUUAUUUGCUGCCUUAUCCCCUCCACCGCGCGCCUUACUACAAAAAAAAAAAAAAAUUCCCUCUGCCGCCAGAAGUAACCCACCAACCUAAAAAAGGACCGGAGUGUGGCAGACUCGCAGACAGAGAGAGACAUCCUCUGUUGUCGGUGUUCAUCUCACCUCUGCUAAUUCCUCUUGCUCUGUCGCCAUAGCCAUUUUUCUUCCCGCCUCCUACCUCUCCAAACUCUGUUUUUGCUCUUUGCCUUCUUCUGUUCUCUCUGUUUCACACGAUCACCUGCAUGCAAGUAAUCACGAGAUCGUCUUCAGAGAGAGAGAAUUCGUGCUGUGCUAUGGAUCCCGACACGGAGAAGGAGAAAUUAGGGGGCGGCGUUGAGGAAGACCGUGGGGAGAAGAAGGUUUGCUCCGACUGUAAGACUACAAGGACUCCGUUGUGGAGAAGCGGACCCGCCGGCCCAAAGUCGCUGUGCAACGCUUGUGGAAUCAGAUUCCGGAAGCGGAGGAGAGCUGCUGCAGUGGAAAACCCCGUCGCGAAGAAACGAGCCACACCGCCGCAGAUGGCCACUUCAUCCUCCGCCGCCGCGAGUACAAGCGAGUCGACCACCACAACCGACACCUCCAAAUCUUCCUCCUCCGUUGCCGUCGGUGCCCGCAGUAACAGCAGCGGCAGCAGUAUCUCUGCCGCCGGCCCGGUGAAGGUCAGAGUGGUGUAUUCCGGCAAGGGAGGAGGUAUGAUGGUCCGAAGAUCCCUGCCGCCGCAGCAGACGCCGUCGGAGGUGAUAGUGAAGAAACAGAGGUGCCAGAGGAGGAGAAGGAAGCUGGCGGAAGAAGAACAAGCUGCCUUCGUCCUAAUGGCUCUCUCUUGCGGCGCAGUUUUUGGCUGACGGAAGGGUGGAGGGAAGAAUGAUUGAUGACCUAAGACUAAGAAGAAAACAUCGAAGUUCGCAAAAACCUAGGGGAAAGGGAAAACCACCACCAAAGGCGACGGGUUUUCAGUUUUUAGUGACGUUCCGAUGAUGAUGUUUUGUUUGUUUGUUUGUCCGUCGUUCUGAUGAAAUUAGGGGAUAGGAUUUGGGCUAUGUAAUUGUAAUCAGAUAUAAGAGAGUGGUGGUAGCUGUAGUGGUGGUAGGACUUGGGAGUAGUUAAGAUGGUUGGGGUUAUCCUGGUGGGAAAUUAUGGGGGCUGUGUGUAAAGAAGAUAUAGUUUGGGAAUCAAAAUCUAAGUAUUAAUAUAUUUUUU